GGGCAAGAACCCAUGACUUACUCACAGACGUCUUCAGCUUUUAUUUUAUUCUAGUUUUGUGUUUGUGUGGGAAUCCCUAAGAAAUACAAGACAUGUGGUGUCGAAACUUGUUGCUACAUCCUAAGACUUGAUUGGUUCAUUGCAAGCUGUUACUAGUGUGAGAUGGAGAGAAGAUAACAAGCAGGAAACCAACCAAUGAUAAAACAUGUCUUAAUCAAGAAUUCCUCUGCCACUACAAAACAUACAUCUUCUGAAGAGAUGACAGGAAAUGAGCCUUCAGACCAAGGCAGAGAACAGAGCAGUUCUUUCCAUGUCCAUCUUUGUCAAGAACAAAACAAUAACACAACUUGAAGAUCAAGGAAACUUAAAGAAAUUUAAAACAGUUUGAAAAGAUAAGAGGCAUGGCAAAUAAAUUAUGUAAGAUAUCAUGGGAGAAGCAAAUGGAAGAUUUAUUCAAUGCAUUCAAGCCAACACCAGAUUCUUCAGUACCUCCUACAGAAAAGGCGGGACAACCCUGGCAGUUUAAAUUUUGGGAUAUAAGCAAUCAGUUUCUCAGUGUGGUGAACAACAAGUUGAUAGCAACUCCACAAAAUUCAAAUUCACCAGAGAGUUCUUUUGAUGUAGUUCCUAAUACCUCCUUAGAUUCAAAAAGGAAUCCAAUCUUUAUAGGUGCUAAUAAUCGUGUUCUGUCCUGUAUAAAGUCUGGUGAUGGACAGCUUCAAUUACAGCUCAUGGAGGAAAAUAUUAUGCAGCUGUAUGCAACCCCAGAAAACUUCAAGAAUUUCACUUUCUACAGCAAAAGUGAGGGCAGGCCAGAGAUUUGCUCUUUUGAAUCUGCAGAAUUCCCAAGUUGGUUCAUAAGUACUUCCUCAGAUUCAAACAAGCCUAUUGGUUUAAAUAAAAAAGGAGGACCUGAAAACGUCUUGUUUUAUUUUAUAAAGAUAUCCUAAAUCAAAUUUAUAGAUGGAGAAGAUAGUUAUUUUGGUGCAGAAGAAGCAAAGGAAGAAGGUAGAGUCAAGAGAGGAUUCAGCUUAGAAUCAUUAGGUUCCCACAAUUGAUCCAAGUCCACCCCAUCUUGAUUUCCAUUAACUCUUGUCUAGCACCAAUUUAAUGCUGACUGUUAGUUAAGUAGAUUCUUGUUAGCUAACAUUUUCCGUCUUCGGUCUAGGGAUUUGUAAAAAUUAGCAUGCACAAAAUAUCCUUUGCAACCAAUACCGUUUUCCAGCUUGUGGGUGUGAAUUUGCAUUAACAGUGAAUUAAUUUUUUGCAUUUCUUUUGACUCACAUUUUGUACAUGGAGCUACUGGCAUUUCUUAUUAAUAAAAAUAUGUUUCACAAGUA